AUGGCUGAAGCCAAAUCGAUCCGGGCAUUUGGCCAAGCCCGCUCAACUGUUCAGGGUGCUCCACUGUCUGAUGAGGAAAUCAAGCAAUACAAUGACUAUUUCAAAGCCAGCUGCUACCUCUCCCUGGGCAUGAUUUACUUGAAAGAGAAUCCCCUCCUUCGCGAGCCCCUCAAGAAAGAGCAUUUGAAAGCACGUCUUCUUGGACACUUUGGAUCCGCUCCUGGUCAAAUCUUCACUUAUAUGCACUUCAACCGUCUCAUCAAGAAGUACGACCUGGAUGCGUACUUUGUGUCUGGCCCCGGCCACGGUGCUCCAGCCGUUCUCUCACAAUCCUAUCUCGAAGGUGUCUACUCAGAAGUGUACCCAGACAAGUCACAGGACGUUCAGGGUCUCCAGAAAUUCUUCAAAUACUUCUCCUUCCCGGGUGGAGUUGGCUCCCACGCAACUCCCGAGACGCCAGGCUCUAUCCACGAAGGUGGUGAACUUGGUUACUCAAUUUCUCAUGCCUUUGGCUCAGUAUAUGACUAUCCGGACCUCAUUGCCCUUACCAUGGUAGGAGAUGGUGAAGCAGAAACUGGACCUCUGGCCACUGCAUGGCAUAGCACCAAAUUCCUAAACCCCAUCACGGAUGGCGCUGUCCUUCCUGUUUUACAUCUCAACGGCUACAAGAUUAACAAUCCUACCAUCUUGGCAAGAAUUCCGCAUGAUGAGCUGCAGAAGCUAUUUGAGGGCUAUGGAUGGACGCCCUAUUUCGUCGAGGGGGAUGAUAUUGACACCAUGCACCAGGCCAUGGCAGCAACGCUGGAACACUGCGUGAAAGAGAUCAGGGGCUAUCAGAAAGAGGCUCGCGAGAGCGGAAAGGCUAUCCGACCAAAGUGGCCCAUGAUUAUUCUCCGAACACCAAAGGGCUGGACUGCACCUCGCAAGCUGGAUGGUAACUAUCUCGGAGGCUUCUGGAGAGCACACCAGGUCCCCAUUACCGAUCCCGCGACAAACCCGGCCCAUCUGAAGGUCCUCGAAGACUGGAUGCGCAGCUAUGAGCCUGAUAGGCUGUUUGAUGAAAGCGGCAAGCCAAUCGCAGCAUUAACUGCCCUUACUCCCACUGGUAACCGCCGUAUGAGUGCCAAUCCUGUUGCCAAUGGCGGAGUUCUCAGAAAACCCCUGAAUAUGCCUGACUUCAAAAAGUAUGGCGUUGCCGUUGAGCAUCCUGGCGCUGUUACGGAUGCUAGCAUGAAGAAACUAGGAGUCUUUUUACGAGAUGUUGUUGCCGCAAAUCUGCACAACUUCAGACUGUUUGGCCCUGAUGAGACUGAGUCAAAUAAACUGUCAGCAGUUUACGAGGUGGGCAAGAAGGUCUGGAUGGGCGAGUAUUUUGAGGAGGAUGAGGAUGGUGGCAAUCUUGCUCCAGCAGGCAGAGUUAUGGAGAUGCUAUCUGAACACACAUGCGAGGGCUGGCUGGAGGGCUACAUCCUCAGUGGUCGUCACGGCUUGUUGAACAGCUAUGAGCCAUUCAUUCACAUUAUUGACUCCAUGGUCAACCAGCACUGCAAAUGGCUUGAGAAGUGUGCUGAAGUGGAGUGGCGUGUAAGAGUAGCCUCUCUCAACAUUCUUUUAACAUCGGUUGUUUGGAGACAGGACCAUAACGGCUUUACGCACCAAGAUCCCGGCUUCCUUGAUGUUGUUGCCAACAAGAGUCCUGAAGUUGUUCGCAUCUAUCUUCCUCCUGAUGGAAAUUGCUUGCUAUCUGUCAUGGACCACUGUCUUCGAUCCUCAAAUUACGUCAAUGUCAUUGUUUCUGAUAAACAAGACCACCUCCAGUAUCUCGAUAUGGACGCUGCAAUCAUCCACUGCACCAAGGGCAUCGGCAUCUGGCCGAAAUUCAGCACCGAUAUUGGGCAGGAUCCGGAUCUCGUUAUGGCUUCUUGCGGUGACAUUAGCACUCAUGAAACAUUGGCGGCCAUCGACCUCCUCCUUCAGCACUUCCCAGAGCUCAAGAUUCGCUAUGUCAACUGCGUCGACUUGUUUAAACUGAUCCACCCCAGCGAACAUCCACAUGGCCUCAGCGAUAAAGAAUGGGUCAGUUUGUUCACAGAAGAUACACCCAUCAUCUUCAACUUCCACAGCUAUCCCUGGAUGGUGCACCGCUUGACAUAUAAGCGCCCAGGAUGCCAGAACAUCCACGUCCGCGGAUACAAAGAGAAGGGCAACAUUGAUACCCCCUUGGAGCUGGCGAUUCGCAACCAGACCGAUCGGUUUAGCUUGGCCAUUGAUGCCAUCGACCGCAUGCCCCAGCUAAAUAACCGAGGCGCAGCUGCUCGGCAGGCUAUGCUGAAUGCCCAGAUUGAAGCUCGAACGGAGGCGUUUGAGAGGGGUAUGGACCCAGAGUACUUGACGAAGUGGACAUGGAAGCGAGAUGGGUUAUGGAGCAAACAUACUUAG